AAUUAGAAAUUGAUGACUAAGCAAAAUCUUUGACGUAAAUCAUGGAACAAUCUGGUUAGUUCGUUCGUUUAUGGAAGCAACGGUCAUAUGCAGAUUGAGUAACGGAACGCGAGCCAUGCAUCCGACUGCUGCAUCUUUACAUGCACGCAUAUGUAGGCACACCUACUUAGUUAGAGUCUCUAUUUAUAGCACUUAAUACGCAAAAAGCGAAACUCGGUUAUCGGCCCGUUGACCCGCGGUCACUGUCAUAAGCCAUCGGACUUGAUUGGGCCCGAGGACUCGGUUCCAUUGUGACAGCGACGGCGAUGCAAAAAGUACACACCUAUAACAACACGACCAUUUACAUGAAAUACAAAAUGCUGACUUAAUUUGUAUCACGGCGAACUUUCAGCAAGUUCUAUCGAGCUUUACCGAUAUGAUAUGUUGGUCGAUGGCAUUAAAUUUAAAUGAUAAUGGGUGUUAUCAGGUCCCGUAUGUGAAGCUUGACCCGUGGUGUCGUGUUAACCGUUACAGUGUGCCCGAUUCGGCCGGCCGACUGGUUGGCGGGUGCUCGGUAAAAGCGUCGCCGGAGUAUGCGGCGCGCAGUCGCCGAGCUACAGGAGUCCUGACCGCACGCGCCAUGCUGCUGCCCCUGGCCCUGUCGAUCCUCGCGGCCGCCGCCGCCGCGCCCGCCACCUACGACGAGCGGCAGGACGGCGAGUUCAACGUGCGCGCCGACGUCCAGAACGUGGUGCUGCUGGUCGCGCUGCCGCAGAAGACGCCGUUUCCCUCCAGCAUCCUCGACGGCUGGCUGAAGAGCGCCAAGCCGGCGCGCGAGGCGGAGGUGCAGGAGCGCGCCGACGUGCACGUGAUGGAGGCGUUCGUGGAGCCCAGCACGCCGUACCACGUGGAGAUCGGCGCGGAGAGCGGGCGCUUCGCCGACGGCGACGGGCGCGCCGUGGAGGUGGUGAUCGCGGGCCGGCGGCGGCCCGGGCCCGGCCCGGCGGCCGAGGACGACGAGAUGAAGCUGCUGGGCGCCACGGAGCAGUGCGGCCCGGACCGCGAGCGCGACCCGGUCACGCUGGUGUGCCGCGCGCGCGCCUCGCCCGCCCAGGACGCCGACUCCGAAGCGCAGACCGAACCGGAACAACCCGCCGCAACGCCCGAAGUCGUCCCAGCCUCAUCGUAACUCCUGAUCUCUACGUUUAGUUCUAGUUAAUUUAUUCCCAUAUCCAUGCCAUCGUAACUUAUUUAAAUUGUACAUUAUUUUAGUAAGUAAAAAUACUAUAACAUUUCA